AUCAACUUUCCGUUCGUACCGUAUCAGGUUCAGCGGCAAUACAUGGCCCGAGUGAUCAAAUGUCUGCAAAACGGAAACAACGGCAUACUAGAAACAUCGACCGACACGGAGAAAACACUCAGUCUUCUGUACUCAGUGGCUUGGGUUUUGCAAAAGAAGGCCCAAGUACAGGCCAAUAUGCGCACAAACAUUACCGACAGCUAAUGGACAAGCUUGAUGAAGGAAGUGGCUCUGAGAUGGUGAAAUGGGGUGUACGCAUCGCGAGCGUAUUCACAACUGACACAGGUAAUGCAGGAGAUGUCACGAGCUAUAGUCAUGAAAGGAGCGUGCAUGUCCCUUCUUCCUAUCCAAGGAGGUAAUCGAGAGCGCGGAUAUCAUCUUCAUGCAGUAUAAUUAUUUGCUGGACCCGAUGAUGCGCAAGGCGAACAAUUUGAAGCUGCCGAACACGAUUAUCAUUCCGCACGAGGCUCACAAUGUGGAGAAACGUGCGAAGAAUCGGCGUCGAUGCAAUUCGAUCGACGGACAAAGCGUGCAAAAGCGAAACGGACAAAGCGAAACGAAGAAAAAUUUCACUAUCGAUGAUUUGGAGCUACUGAAAGAGAUGCAAUUGGAAAGAACGGGAACAUGUAUUUUCGAAAUAUUCGAUAAUAUAACAUCAAAGGAGGUGAUUACCUACCAUGUCGUUGCUCACCUGCUGAAGAAUAUUAUCCAGUACAUUGUUACCAUAACGGAGAUGAACAACUUUGUGUGCGUGGCGGUAGAUUUCAGAUUCUGGCGGAAGCGCAAUGUAAAGCAUACAGAUGGAUGGACAGCGUCCAAACAGUUGGUUCCAUCGGUCAAAGCCAAUGCGAAGGUUAUGAGGCAGCUACGUGGAAGAAACGCUAGGAGUAUCAGCGAUACUUCCCCCUCCCCCCUUUGAAACCGUUGAUUGUUGAUUUGGACAUUCCUAUAAUGCUAAGGUUUGAGAAUCCCAAGGAAAAUCCACACAUUAUUGAUGGCAGUCAGGUGUGUGUCAAGGAUCGGAUAAGGAGAGUUUCGUAUCUAUCACUGAGCAUGUGUCAAAAGACAGGAAUUUGGACUCAAAUCAGUCGGAGGAAACCCAUCUUUGUCGAAACUGAAUACGAUGACUGACUACUACCAGAGAAUAAACUAUCCGAACGGAAAAGCCGCGGUUUUUAUGGCCUUUUGACAAGAAAAAAGUAUCAUUAACGGACAAUGAUUAUACUUAACCUGUUUGCCAUUUCCACCCUUAAAGGAUGCCCGAGUAAUAUUGAAAAGGAAAUAUUUCCAAUAAUUCCGAGCCAAGGAAAACAAAAUCAUAUCCCGCGAUGAAUGGUGGCAUUCUCUUGAAGUCAUUGGUCGAGUGAUUCGGCAAUCGAUCGAAAAUCGAAUCAAGUUUGGCACGACUCACAAAAGCAUGGACAAAAUCAUGACUCGAAUGGACUCAAAAACUCCAUCAGUCGGCUGAACACUAGAGUGAUUUAAAUUUUGACUUUUUCGCUCCUCAAUGCUUAAACGAUGACAUUUGCUGUU